GGAUAGGAAAUAUUCUAGUCUUAAUAUUGAUAGAGUAAAUCAUAUGUAAUAUCUCUUUCCUUAGUUGGCCUAUAACGGCAGUAGCUUUAUUAGUAUAUAUGUAUGCACCAGCGAAUAGAAGUAAUAGAAGAUUGAGAUUAUUCUUUCCCAAAUCAGCUUUAUUACAUGGUAUCAGAGCCGCCGUCUUAGGCGGUGCCGGAAACUGUUCUCAUGGCAGGAGAAGAAGCCGUGAACUCGCCGGCCAAAACAGACCAAAUCCGGUCACAACUCCUCACGCAGACCCUCUUCAGUCUCUGGACAGAGAGUUCCAACAGGUCAGAAAAAACUGGAACGAUAUGCUCUCACUGCGAUAUCACUGGCCACGACGGCAAGUGCUGGGAUCGACUUCAGAACGACAGCAAGGGUGGCGGUCACGGCAGAGGAACCGUCGUCCGUGGCGGAGCUGCUUCAGACGAGCGUGGCAGAGGUGGGUUUAAAGCUCACGCUGCUGCGGCCGAAGGAAAUAUGUCUUCUUGGCGACUUGUUGACGGAACUAGCGAAAGGAAUACCUCCCGUAUUCUGGAAUGCGGAAAUGAACAGAUGCUGCCACGUCUUUCUAAUGAACAGUUGAAAAUAUUAACAGCCCUGGGUAAAACAAAUAUCAAUCCUGACCGGGUAUCGGAUGAGUUUGAUAUUUUCACUUGGAUAAUUGAUACGGGAGCAUCUAAUCAUGUCACUGGAAAUGUUUCUUGUUUAAGUGAUAUCACUGAAAUUAGCCCAUGUUCUGUUGGGCUUCCGGAUGGACAGAAAGUGCAGGCUACCAAACAAGGAGUAGUUCAUUUAUCAGAUACUUUGUGUUUGACUAAUGUAUUAUUUGUCCCAAAAUUACACUGCAGCCUCCUCUCAGUCUCUCAAAUUACUGAAGAAAAUAAUUGUUUUGUUCAAUUCACAUAUGACUUUUGUGCUAUACAGGACCGUCACUCGAAGAGACUGAUUGGGGCGGGUGAGAGGCGGAAUGGACUUUACUAUUUUAGAUGCCUUCCGGAAACUCAGAUCUUUGGAGUGCAUAAGGAGACAGAAAAUUUGGAAAUUUGGCAUCGGCGGUUGGGACAUCCGUCAGCCACAAUAAUGACAUGGUUGCCUGGUGUGAGUGGGACUAAACAUGCGCUUUCCCAACCUUGCGACAUUUGUUUUCGAGCUAAACAGGCUAGAGAUUCUUUUCCCCUUAGUGUAAGUAAUUCUACUCAUAAGUUUGAACUUAUACAUUGUGAUCUGUGGGGGCCAUAUAAUACUCCUGCUUCCUGUGGUGCUAAACAUUUUUUGACCAUAGUGGAUGACUUUUCUAGAGCAGUUUGGGUGUAUCUCCUAGCUGAUAAAACUGAGGUAUUCACUAUGUUUAUGUCCUUUUGUGCUAUGGUGGAACGCCAAUUUUCUCAGAAAAUAAAAGUAGUGCGGAGUGACAAUGGUACAGAGUUUAACUGUCUUCGCGAGUUUUUUCGUGUAUCUGGCAUUAUUUUUCAUACAUCCUGUGUGGCAACUCCGCAACAAAAUGGUCGGGUCGAACGCAAACACAGGCACAUUCUUAACGUUGCUCGCGCUCUACGCUUUCAGGCCCACCUUCCCAUUCAAUUUUGGGGAGAAUGCGUUCUCACGGCAGCCCACCUUAUAAAUUGCACCCCAUCUGCAGUUCUCAAACACAAAACUCCAUAUGAAAUGUUGUUUGACAAAGUUCCUGAUUAUAAGGCACUCCGUGUUUUCGGGUGUUUGUGUUAUGCACAUAAUCUGCGUUCCGCCCGGGACAAGUUCCUCAGUCGUAGUCGCAAAUGCAUUUUCGUGGGAUAUCCCUUUGGGAAAAAGGGAUGGCGCGUAUAUGAUCUAGAAACUCAUGAAUAUUUUGUUUCACGAGAUGUCAAAUUUUUUGAGGAUCAAUUUCCGUUUAGUGUCCCCACACCAGAAAUGGACCAUGGUUCUUCCACUCAAGGCGAUCCUCCGCCAGUCUGGGAAUACCCUAUGGCGGUCUCACUCUCUCCUUCAUCUGCAUUGGUUGACUCACC